GGGUUCGUUUCUAUCCCAGACCGGAGUUCAUAAUAUAACAGUGACGAGCACGUGCUUGCGAGUAUGGCCACUUCGUAGAAUGCUCAAAGGUUUGAGAAAGUAGAGCCGCACGGCAAUCAUUUUGGGAAUCCUGAUGGCGGUGGGAAUAAAAUGAGUCAAAACAUUGAGUGAGACAAAACUUGGAGUGCUUCUCAGGACUAUAGCAAGAUGGCGUUCGCUGCAGCUCGGAUGAUAUUGAAAGACAAGAGGAGAAAAUCUUCUAAAGAGGAAUAUAUUCCCAGGACAAGGAGCAAGGCGCGCAGUGGAAGCGCGAGUAGCUAUAGAAGUCUAAGCCAGGCCCGUAACAAACCCGCUGAUGGUAGCGGCCACGUCGGCCAAAAACAUCAAACGGGACCGCGAACCCCCACUCACGGCCCCAAGGGCGCAGGUCCAAAAACCCCAUGCAAGACCAAAAAUCAAGCAGCGGCUCAACAAAAGGGCCAGCCCAUAAAACAGGCUCCUGCGAAGAUUGAGGCGGCGGCGGCGAUCAAGAAAACGAAGAAACCGAAGAAGAAGAAUCACCAACACGACUUGAUCGUCACUAUUAACUUGAGUGAAUAUGGCCUUUCCGAAGACCAAGUCGCUGAAUUUAAAGAGGCAUUCAUGCUUUUCGACAAAGACGAAGACGGGACAAUAACAAUGGCCGAACUCGGCGUUGUCAUGAGGUCAUUAGGUCAGAGGCCUACAGAAACGGAACUAAGAGAUAUGGUCAACGAAGUCGAUCAGGAUGGAAACGGGACAAUAGAAUUUAACGAGUUUCUGCAGAUGAUGUCCAGGAAGAUGAAAGAAGCGGACGGCGAAGAAGAAUUGAAAGAAGCAUUUAGGGUAUUCGAUAAGAACAAUGACGGUUUGAUAUCCAACAUAGAACUGCGACAUGUGAUGACAAGUUUGGGCGAGAGGCUGUCGGAGGAAGAGGUUGAAGAUAUGAUCAAAGAGGCUGACUUGGAUGGAGAUGGUCAAGUGAACUACGAAGAAUUUGUGACUAUACUCGCUUCCAAAAACUAGUAAGAGACUGCGCGAAAUGGUCCAAACAUAUUUUUGAAGAAAAAUAAAUUACCGACUGUUUCCUACAAUGAACAGAUCAUGGCUAUAUUAUUAUGAUAUCUCGAUAGAUUUAAGACAGUGCGAAAGGGUGAAAAUAGAGUGGAGCAAAAGUGUUACAGUUGGAAUUGGAAUGCGAUUACAAUUUACCAGAAUCCGGAUAUAUUAAGCUAUAGUUGUUCUGGAAAGUAUAGCUUAUAGAUUUUAUUUAGUCCGGGCAUCACAAAUGAUGUCGAAAAACUGCAGCAGUCUGCUUUCAUCUUUUCUCAUCGAAUAAUAUUAAAGACGUUUCUUAUCUAUUUCUAAAAAGCACUGCUUGAAUUCUUUAUGUAUCUUAUAUCAGUGUAUAUGUAGACGAAAUGGGAAAGAAAACAGGGUCAUGAUAUCUAUAAAAAAAUGUGAUGACACUUAUAUGUAAGCGAUCCACGCACGUAAAAAAAAUAAUCUAAUUAAAUUCAUCAAUAAUAAAUUGUUAUCAGUACAACGGAUUGUUAAUCUUCUUUCAAAUAUAUAAUACUUUUUUAUUCAAAUUUGUGAUUUAAAUUUUUUAUCUCUUCCAUUAACCACAGCAUUUUGAAUUUCCAAACCUACAAUUAUUUAAUUGUUAUAAUAUGUAAUAAGACAGGUUAAGAAUUGAACAAAUAAUAUUUAACACUAAAACAUGAAGUUUUGUAAUAAUGUAAUAAUAAUAAUAAUAUAUAAUAAUCAUCAGAAGAUAACUUUACGUGCGUGAAAUGCGUCCAAGAUAAAUGUUUUAUAUCGUAAAUGUAAAAACAAAUUUAAUAGCAAUUUUGUAAAUGUAGUAGUUUAAUAUAUUAUUAUAAUACUGUAUAUUAAUAAUAUCUAUUAAAAUGUAAUUUGGUAAUAUUCUGAAAUCUAUGUGUUCUUCGAGCUUAGUUUACUAUCAAUUGUUCAGUGAACAGCACAAUAAGCACUUAUUAAAACUUUAGUUGCAAAGCGAGAUUAUGACCACUUUUCCAUGUAACCAAUUUUAAUUCGUUGAUGUAAAUUUUUGUAGUUUUGUAUCCAUUUUGAAUAGCAUAAACGGCUUGGAUUUCAGUAACAUAACAUAUUAUGUGGAUGCAAGAAAGUUUAUGAAAUAUGAAAAAUCCACGUUGUUUGAAAACUUGAUGAAGAAACAGUUAUUAAACUUUUAUACAUAAUAGAGUGGGCCCAAAGUUAUACCGUUUUCAUGACAUAGUUUUGAAGGUUGCAAAUAGUGUUCGUAAAAGUUUGGGCCACUAUAUCAAGAGUUAAAUAAAAUUAAAGUAUCUUUCUCAUCCUUUAGGGUUAGAGCUUCCUAUUGUCUUCUAAUUUUUUUAUUUCACUCACUUCGACUCAUUUCUGCUUUGCAAAAUUUCAAAGUAAAAGUAGAAUGUAGUGUUUUCCAACUGCAGUGGCCUACAUUUAAUUCCUUUAAACGGUAACCCCAUUUCAGACUUCAGACACGAAAUCACGUUUUCGAAAAAGUUGCGUAUUAUCGUAAAUUCUUUGUAGUGCGUGUACGUUUAAGCAAAAUAAAAUGACAUAAAAAAUGGCAGAUGUUUAGAAAAAUAGUAAUCGAUGUGAAAUGUUAAGCACAAAAGGGAAACGACAAUAUUUGUAUUUUACAUCAAUUAUAGGUUAAAGGGAUUUGACUUUAUUUAGAUUAACUUAAUUGUUAAGGAAUUUAUUGUAUUUUUGUUGGCAACAUUACAAUUUUACUGUACAUAUUGUUAUUAUUUCAAAAUAGCGUAAUCCAAAUUAUAGGUUUAAUAAACGAUUAU